AAUAAAUAAAAAAUUGGAAAUUCUCACUGUAGUCUAAAAUGGCAAAUUUUAGUAAAACAAGCUGCUGUCAUCAAGGUAUAGGUGUAGCAUUUAUUUCAAUAUGUUAAGAAUUUAUAAAUAUAUAUUUAAUUAUAUAAUUCUGAUGCUCCUUUGGACUGGGAUUUUAAACUUUCCUUGGGGAAGCAACUGAUGAGAGAACACUUCAACACUCAAGUGAGAAUUCUGCGGAGUUCUAAGGAGUAGUGGCUUGGGCCUCCUUCAUUCCCUGCUCACUCGCUAAUUUCUUCCACGAGGUGUCGGAGGGUGGGUACUUCACUGCUCCCCCACCCCGACCAGUGGUGCUGGCCUGUUUGCCAGGUGCUGGUUUGAUUCUGGGCAGAGCCGUAGUCAGUGGUCUUGGUGCUCCCUGGCUGCGGCCUCCCUGUGUGUGGCCUGGCUGUGGUGGUCCUGGGGUAGGCCUGAGAGCCGGAGAGUGGCCGUGGGUUUUCUGGAUGAGGAAUCUCAGGGCUGUGAGACCAAGUUUCACUCUCCUUGGGUUUCAGUGGGAGAUGGGGAGAGGGUCACACGGGUGGUGUGGGGGCCAUUCUCUUGUUUUCGACAGAUUUGUUCAAGCAGGGAAAGAAAAACCUUCUGUACUGAGACAAGGGGUCUACCGGGUGCAGUUUGAUUCUGUGCCACAACUGGUAGAAUCAAGGAAGACAAAAGCCCCUUGUGAGCCACAGCUGCGGAACACCAGGCAAGUCUCUUGAAGAAGCGUGGAAAAGAAGCAUGUCUUUGCCAAACUAGAUCCCACUCCUCUCCCUGAGAGCUCAUCACAAUGGCUGGGUUUGAGAACUAUCCCAUUGUCCAGAGGAGCCCAGGUGAACCUGGAGUGGCAUUUGGUUCCUUCUGCUUGAGGACAGCCCAUACCCCUGCCUGUCAUCUCCUGGAGCUCGUAAUCUCCGCCUGCGGACUGACAAGUUACUUCGAGCAUAGUGGACCUGAGGCUGGUUGGGGGACCCAUGGCACAUGCAAUAAGGCUGCUGUGCAUUCUGUUCAUCCCAGGAAGGACAUCAAGGGUCUCUUGGACUGGGGUUCCUCUUCUCCCCCUGCACCCUUGUUGCUUUAAGAGCCAGGAUGGAUCUCAGAAAAGAAGUUUCUACAGAUUCCCUGUUUAUCCAGCUGUGUCUGCAAGGCCAUGAGCAGAUGGAACUGGGGCAUCAGGAGAAGCAGCUGGAGUGGGAGCCAUGUUGCUGUGCUCUUUGGCUCUAACCCUCAUCUUGAUGACAGUUUCUGGCAUCAUGUGCAACAGGACAGAGUAUUGUUUUGGAAGCCCUGGUAUCCCAGGGACUCCUGGAUCUCAUGGUCUUCCUGGUAGAGAUGGCAGAGAUGGCAUGAAAGGAGACCCUGGACCACCAGGCCCCAUGGGCCCCCCUGGAGGAAUGCCAGGUUUUCCUGGGUGUAAUGGAAUGAGUGGAACUCCUGGUGUUCCUGGAGAACGUGGAGACAAGGGGGAUCCUGGUGAGAGGGGACCUCCAGGGCUUCCAGCAUCUCUGGAUGAGCAAAUCCAAACCAUUCUCCACGACCUUUCACAUAAAAUCCUGCAGUCAACAGGAGUCCUCAGCUUGCAGGGGUCCAUGCUGGCAGUGGGAGACAAGGUCUUCGCCACUAAUGGGCAGUCAGUCGACUUUAAUGCCAUUAAAGAGACUUGUGCCAGAGCAGGUGGUGACAUUGCUGCUCCAAGGAGUCCGGAGGAGAAUGCAGCCGUUGCCAGCAUUGUGAAGAAGUAUAAUAUUUACACCUAUCUGGGCCUGAUGGAGGGCAAUACUGCUGGGGACUUCCGCUACCUAGAUGGGGCCCCUGUGAACUACACCAACUGGUACCCAGGGGAGCCUAGGGGUCGGGGCAAAGAGAAGUGUGUAGAAAUGUACUCAGAUGGGACAUGGAAUGAUAGGAACUGUAUGCAAUACCGACUGGCCAUAUGUGAGUUUUGAGCAGGCCCUGAGGUCAAAGGAUAGGUCAGAUCCUGCCUUAUCUUUCAUCCUCCAUCCUGAGUGCCCACUUGGUUUAUGACAUGCUGAAACUCUUUUCCAACCAGAUUGAUUUGUAGCUCUUAAAGCCAGAUGUGUCCUUAGUUUCUUCAUUCCCUAGAUGGCCCUGACUUCUCCUUCAUAAUCAUCAAUCCAUCUUGACAUUUCCUUUGAGCCCCUUGGUAGUAUACAAGGUGGUCACUCCCCAUUCUUGACCUUCAGUGUGAGAUGGAAACUUCUUUCAUCCUCAUGCUGUCCAGUUCUUUCAUUUAAAAAUAGCAAUAAUGAGAUCCCAGAACAGAAGGACCCUCUCAAAUUGCGUACAGAGUAUCUUUCUCUGCCCAGUCCCAUCAAGAUUUAGCAGUCCUCAUUAAACAUAAUGGUAAAGUAGGAAGACUUCUGGCAAAUUCCAAAUGAGAUGUCCAACACAUAUGGGACAUCUGGGGAUGACCUAGUUUCCAUGAAGUUAAGGAAUCAGGUGGUGCCCAGAACAGCGAUGAAGGAACCCAACUCUAAUAAUUGCCAGGUAUGAUCCACUCCUUUGGGUUUCAGGGAGACCUGGUCCCAGUUUAGGCCUGUAGGGAAGAUCCCCUUCUAUCCCAGACCUAAUCCAAGUAACUUCCUGCUGAUGGACACAUUCCUGCCCCACUUCAGACCUCAGUGAGGCAUUCACACCACCAACCAUAGGCUGUCUUGGGGUGGGUACCUUGUGACCUUUGGGAAUCUUUGUUUUCUCUGAGCCUUUUUCUGUAUUUUUGAAAUGGAGAUCAGAUACUUGUUGCUGUAGAAAUAUUAACAUUAUUCUGACUACCAAAAUUACUACCACCACUACUAUUGCUACAAAGAGCCUGUUCCUUAAGCACAUGCUGUAUGCUGAGCACCUUGACAAGCGCUUUGAAUAUUUCUUAAU